UAAAAGGAUGCUGAGCGGGUGGAGGGGGCACUGGAAUUGUAGAGGGGGACGCCAAGAAAGUGAAUAGAGUGAGAGGAAACCACUGAAGAAGAAAAUGUGGCUAUCAGGAAGGUUUUUAGAAUAUGCUGCUUGAAGUUAUACCUGUGUUUAUAUGACAUUAAGACUUCCUUUCACCUCAAUAAUGCCAUAAAACUGAAAAAAUAAGUGCGCUGAGUCGGGAGGGAAACAGUAACCAUGGAACUCGCGUGGUUGCCCGUCCGCUAGAGUUAGGGGACCCCUUCACACAAAGACCUUUUACAUCAACUUAAUGUUUAAAAUAAAAAGCUUUUAAUAAGUCUGCUCAUCUAAUUUUACCUUAUAACUUUCAUUUCAGCCUCUAUUUAAGUAGAUAACAGAUUGGAAUUAUGAAGUAGGUGGCUACUAAAAGUUGUUGGACUAAAAAUUUGCAGCUGAAAACAGUGAGAAGAGUCAGAAUUACUAACUCAAUAUACCCUGACAGUGUCCUAAAAACCUCAGUAUUCCCUGACAGAAUAAUUGACAUUAGUCCAAAUCAAAAGGAUCAAAUUAUAUUUAAAAUAUUCUGUUCUACAAAACAGAUAUACUAUUUUAAAAAUUAUAAAUUUUAGUGUGCUUAAGAUGGUAAGUGUAGCUAUAUCUGGAACAUUCUCUUAUGUGAAGUGCUUUAUUUACCAGUAAUUACUGACAAAAGCAUUAUUGUUCAUUGCUGGAAUAUAUUGUUUCACAUUAAAAAAAAUACUUUGGAUAUUUUAAUAGACUUUUUUGAGCACUUUUAAGUUUUUAGAAAGAUUGCACAUAAGCAGAGUUCCCAUAUACCCUUUCUCCCCACCCCCAGAGUUUCUGCUAUUAUUAACAUUUUGUAUUAGUCUGGUGCCUUUGAUUUGUUAUAUUUGAUUAUGAACCAGAAUUGAUACAUUAUUACUAAGUCCACAGUUUAGAUUGUUUCAUUUUUUAACUGAUUACAGUAUACAAAAGAGUUUCACUUCACUGCCCUAAAAAUACCCUCUGCUUUACACACUCAUCACUACCACCCCCUUUUUCCCAAGCACCUGGCAACUACCGAUCUUUUCACUGUCUCUGUAGUUGGAGUCAUACAAUAUGUUGCCUUUUUGGACUGCCUUCUUUCACUUAUUUAGCAUAUGCAUUUAAAUUCUCCAUGUCUUUUCAUCGUUUGAUCAUUUAUUUUUAUCACUGAAGAAUAAUCAGUUGUCUGGAUGUACCAAAGUUUAUCCAUCCACCUACUGAAGGAUGUCUUGGUUCCUUCCAAAUUUAGCAAUCAUGAAUAAAACUGCUGUAAACAUUCAUGUGCGGGUCUUUUUUUGUUUUUUGGCCAUGUUUGUAACUCGUUUGGAUAAAUACCUGGGAGUGUGAUUGAUGGAUCAUACGGUAAGCUUGUGUUUAGAUGUCUAAGAAACUGCCAGCCUGCCCUGCCGUGACUGUACCGUGGUGCGCUUCCACCAGCGAUGGAUGAGAGUUCCUGUUGUCCCACAUCCUCAUCAGCGUUUGGGGUAGUCCGUGAUUCGAGUUUUUGCCAUUCUAAUAGGUUGUCUUUUGCAGAGCAGAAGCUUUUCAUUUUAAUAAAGUUCAACUUGCCACUUUUUUCGUGGAUUAUACUUUUGCUAAGGAGACAGCUGUCCCAGGAGAAGCACCUCAGGGAAUCUCUUGAGAAAUCUGGAUCAGCCUUGCUACUCAGAAUACAAGAAAUGGAAUCAACAGUGGAGGUGGAACGGAAACAGGUGCACAUUUUGCAGGAGAACUGCAUUGCCCUACGCAGUUCUAUUCAGGCCACCCAAGAACUACUGGCCCAGGAGCAGCAGCAGAAAGGAGCGUUGGAGACGGCUUCCUCACAGCUCAAGUCUGACCUCGUUUCUAGAGAUGACAUCAUUUCCAAGUUGGUUGAAGAAAAUAAGAAUAUACAGAUGUCUUUCAAUAAGGAACAUGAAGGAAAUGCAUAUUUGAGGUCUGAAAUAGUAUCUCUUCAUGAAGCAUCAGAAAAAGCACAGAUUUUGAAUGACCAACUGACCAGAAAGUGUUCAGAAUUGAGCAACAUGCUUCAGACUGUUAAAAUGGAAAAUACCAGAAUCAUUGCUGACCACCAAGCCAUUCUGCAGGAGGAACAGAAAAUGAUGACACAGACAUUUCAAGAACAAAACUUACUGCUGGAUGCAGCCCAUGCCAGUAUCACAAGUGAGCUACAGACUGUGCAGAAUGAAAAAACACAACUCCAAGUGCACCUGGACCAUUUAAUCCUUGAGCAUAACCAGUGUAUCCAGAAAGCAGAAGAGGCUGAGAAGAGGGCAACCGUCCAGAAAGAGCUGCUGGAAUCCACUAUUGCAAGAUUGCGAGCUGACCUGGAAGCGUCAGUGCAAGAGAAGAAGUCUCUACAGGAGGAGAAAGACAGACUUCAGAAAGAGGUUAAUAAAACAGAGAAAGAAGUAGCAGAGGAAAAAUGCAACUUGGAAAAAGAAUUAUCUAAAAGCAAGGUAGACAUAAAUGCAUUAACCUGCAACGUGCAGACUCUAGAGGAAAAGAAUAAGCAACUGACAGAUAAGAUUGCUUCCCUAGAACUUGAGCAAGCAUCUUCUGAUUACCAUUGGCUUGCCCAACAACAGGUGGAAAACGUCUUGGGAAAAAUUACUGACAGUAAAAAUAAACUGGCCUAUGAAAAGGGAAAACUUCAGACAAAAGUUAAGCAGCUAGAAGAACAACUGCAUUCUCUUACUGAAACCAGUUCACAGAAUGACCAUCUACGCAAGUUGAAUAAGGCACUAGAAGGCAAAUAUGCUCAGGUGAAAUCCCUUCUCGAAAAGAAUGAAGAGGAGCUUUCACAAGCAGUGAAGGGUCGUGAUGCAGCCCUGAAAGAGAGUCAGAAGUUGAAAGGGGACCUUGAAACUCUGGAGGACAGGGAGAACAAGAAGGUGGGAAACUUUCAGCGACAACUGGCGGAAGCCAAAGAAGACAACUGCAAAGUGACAAUCAUGUUAGAGAAUGUGUUGGCUUCUCACAGUAAGAUGCAAGGUGCUCUGGAAAAAGUGCAAAUAGAGCUUGGCCGGAGGGAUUCAGAGAUUGCAGGCCUCAAGAAAGAAAGGGCCCUAAAUCAGCAGCGGGUACAGAAGCUGGAAGCAGAAGUGGACCAGUGGCAGGCCAGAAUGCUUGUCGUGGAUGCCCAGCACAACAGUGAGAUGGAACCUCUACAAAAAGCUCUAGAUGUAGCUAGAGAAGACAACAGGAAACUGGCUAUGAGCUUGGAACAAGCUCUCCAGACAAAUAAUCACCUACAAACAAAGCUUGAUCAUGUUCAAGAGAAACUGGAAAACAAAGAACUUGAGCGACAGAAUUUGGAAACCUUUAAAGAACGGAUGAGUGAAGAAUCCAAAAUAGAAGCAGAAUUGCAUGCUGAACGCAUAGAUGCUCUAAGAAAGCAGUUUCAAAUUGAGAGAGAAACUGCCAAGAAAGCAGCACAGCGGGAAGUGACUGAGAUGAAGAAAGCCCUUGAGGAAGCCAACUUCAGAUCAGUGGAAGUGUCCCGGAUGAACCGCGAGCUGCGGCAGAAACUUACGGAGCUGGAGAAGCUCCUCAACAGCAGCAAGGAGAAAAUAAAGAACCAGAGGGCCCAGAUUAAGCUCCACUUGUCGGCCAAGGCGAAUAACGCUCAGAACGUGGAGAGGAUGAAGCAAAUAGAAACAGAACUGAGGCAGAUGGAGCUAAUUAAGGAUCAGUAUCAGAGGAAGAACUAUGAACAGUCACUGAGUAUCCAGAAAUUUGUGUCUGAAAUGACUAACCUGCAGAAGGAGAUGCAGCUGUUGGCCAGGAGCCAGUAUGAUACCUCAGCACGGAAUAAGCAGCAAGAGCUGCGCCUGGAGUCUGAGCGGAAGCUGAGGCAGGAGCUGGAGAGUCGGUGCCAGGAAUUGGAAGAAACUAUCAGACACCUAAAGAAAUGUAAAGAGGCGACAGAGAAUAAGCUGAAAGAAGCCAGUGUGGAAUCAGAGCAGAUAACAGCUAACCUGGAAGAAGCUCACCGCUGGUUUAAGUGCAGGUUUGACGGUCUACAACUUGAGCUGACCAAAAACCGGUUGCAGAGGCUUCCCCGGGAAGACAGGUGGCAGGAAGAGCAGGACCAAGAUAAAAGGCACAACAGCACAUCAAACCAGUCUGCUCUGCAUCGAUGGGAGAGUAAGCAGAAUAGACUUGUGCCCAAGAAGUGCCACUCUGGACUAGAGAGAAAGUGAUGUCCUUGACAGAGCAGCUUCUUCAACUUAGAACAGCUUCAUCACCCUGAUUGCCUGAGCCCAGCAACUAGGGCUGGCCUGUUUCCACAGUCAUCAGAACAUGAAGUCUUUGAUGUGGGCUGAGGAUUUUGGACCUAAGUUUAUCCUUUUAUGAAUUCUAUGAUAUCAGUUCAGAACCAUCCCAUCUUUUUUGUCCCUUUCCGUAUUUUCCACCCAAUAAAUUUAUAUUCACGUGUUU